AUGCCAGAGCUUGAAGACAUCACCUACUCUCGCGAUGCCACGAUCGCCGCAGUGACCGACUACUACCAAUUCCUCACCAGGAUGUACAUGAAAGACUCCCACAUCAUAUACCCGCCCGCCGAGGGCUGGCCGUCGAUCGUCAACGCCGACCCGGAGACCCUACGGGCGUUAGGCAAGUCGGACGAGGUCAUCGCACUGCUGGCCCACCUGCCCUACAUACGCCGGACCGGGAAUUGGGAUAGAGACGCCGAGGCCAUCCCUUACUGCUACUUCGCCGACUGGCAAUACUUGAUCGCGCGCCUCUGCGAUCCCACUUGGCACACCACUGCCGAGCACCUGCGGCUCUUCACCGAGGGCUGCGACUUCGACAACCUGUCGUCGCCUCACGUCGUCGGUCUCACCGACGCCGGCAGGGACGACCCCGUCAUGAUCCUCGACACGGAGCGCGGCAUCGUCCACUGGGAGGAGCCCGACUGGAAGAUCCGGAUCGAGCACUUCCAGGAACAGAUCUACUACGACCCGCCGGAGGACACGCCGCAGGCCGAGGCGGACUGGCGCUGCGAGCCGGCCUGGUCGGUGCCGUAUUUCUUCGGCCACGUCCUCCAGUCCCAGUUCACCAGCCUCUACUGGAUCCCCAUCAGCCAGCAGUCGGUCCGGCCCACCGCGGGCAGUAAGCUUCCGGAAGACGUCGACAUGGUGCACCGCGUGCGGGAGAUCUAUCGGCAGAGCGGCUGGCCCGACGACGAGGGCUACGAUAAGGACGAGUGCCUGGAGGCUGUUCGGAACGCACUGGCGGAGGAAUAUCCUGAUCAUACUUGCGGUCGGAAGGGCUCGGAUGAUUAG